CAUUUCAGCAGAGAGGAGCCGUCCAUGCCCCUAGUUCCUGCUUUCAUUCAACAGACAUCGUGCCAGGCAACGGCAUAAGAUCCUACAACUAUUGAACUUUGAAUACAUCCUAGAACGACAACUAACAGGUUACUGAAGCUAUCUGUGUAGAGUCUUUGCUACAAAGACACAGCAACCUACCAGAAGACUAAAGAAAACAAUGACCAUCGAUUUCGUAAGACUAAUUUUCAUAUGGCUGCUGCCACUGACAGCAAGCAACGCAGUGACAUCUGGCCAGAAUCAUAGCUUCACUAAUGUGAUGACAGGUGAGGUAGGCAAUACGUUCACUCACAACCAGCUGACAACACAGGAGGCGUCCAGCUUGAAUCCACUCUCAGAGGUCUCAGGUCAUAACAUCAGACAGCAUAUCAUAGUUGAUGGAAAUCCAACAAAGGAAAAAACUACAAAACCCAGCACUAAACCUUCACUGCAAACAACUCAAACAAAGACUUCUAAGACAUUCUUACCAAAUAUUCAAACAGUAGCAACUCCCAAUCCCAUAUCAUCUCAGAUAAACAGCUCAACAGGUAUUAAGUCCAUGACAGAAGUACAAUUUAAAGUCACAACAUCAGCAACAACGGUGGUAACCAGUCAAGGCAGCAACCCAACCACAACUACAAAAGUACCUCCAGUGCUAAGCAGCUCAACCCAAAGCCAAGACACAAGAACGACAUCGACCUCCCAACUCACCAGUGAUAAAAUUACCCAUCCAUCUACACAUCCAACGCAGUCUACAAACCUCAUCGAUACUAUAACCACAUCUACUAAACCUGUUGAAAACAAGUCUACAAGUACAAGCCCAGUCACAGGUGGUGAUGCUACGCAGUCCACAGGUUUAUGCAAAACUUCAAUGGCCACAACAAAGACACCAUUCACUAUCACCACCAAGGCAAAGAAAAGACAAGAUCCUCCAGAAAAAAAUGCAAAGUCCAAAAAGGAAACAAACCACAGCAAAGCAGUGGCAGGACUAAUAGGUGGGGCCCUGGUACUGAUGAUGGUAGGAUUCCUGGUCAUCUAUAUGAAGAAACGAAAGCUUCAGAGGCAGCAGAUAACAACUAGAGACUGGGCUGGUCCUUCACCAUUUCUAGAGGGUGGAGCUGACAAUGGCCAGGUAACACUGAGGUCAUCUAACCAAAUUUCUCUCACCAGCUUCCUGCCUCAGAGGCUGUCCAAAAGGUUGUCUUUGCUCCCAGAAACAGAUGAGGAAUUAGAAGACAUGACACCAGGUACUACAUUUGGAGAUAAACAUCAAGGGAGUACAUUUGGUCGAGAGGUGGAUGCAAAUGACAUACAAGAAAGCAAUGGGACUGCUGUAGUUGUUCCAGAAAUGAAAAGUACAGGAGACGCUCCAGAGACUGUUUAAAACUGUCCUCUUCAUAAGUGAAUGACCUGCAGUCCACAAUAACAAUUCUGAGGUUGCAAACCUCAGUCAAGACCAUCUUGCAAAUCCCCCUACUCUAUGCUGGAGCUGUGGAAAAAUGCUCUGGCACAACUGAUGGUCUUCGGCAACCUUAAGUGAACUUACACCCCCCGCACACACUUUCAUUGGUUUCUAGGCAGCAAACGGCUGUGACUGAGAACACAGGAAACUGACUAACUUGUCAUCAUUUGAGGAAAUCAUGACAAGAGAGAAGUGAUGUUUAUCUAGGUCCCUACUGAAUAGGUAUAUAGUAUAAUGUAGCAGUAUAAUAUUAACACAGAAGAUCAUAAGAAAAUACCCACAAGAUUUUAAACUACAUCAUUAACAGUAGAAAGAAAAGUAUUUUUUCACAUUUUCAGAUCAUGGGAUCAACAGGGCAAUGUUAGAGUCAUAAGUCAGGUUUUUGGAGCCUUUACUAUAAGUCACCCUGGCAUUAUAGUUAUUAGCAAGGUAACUGUCUCUCCCCAUCACCACUUCGGUUAUUUGCGGAUUUGUUAUUUUCUACAGCUCUGCUUAGACUUUGUGAUGAAAAAAGGACUGACUCAUGUUUUAUCUGACACAGACGUUAGUUUGUCCACUUGACUGCACAUAUUUGUCUUAUUGAUUUACUAUCUGCAGAGUAAUGUGGCACGUAGUUACCCUCGGCACUGUAGUUACAUGUCUUUAAAUUGUAUUUAACAUGUUUUAAAACUUUCAUGAAAAUGCAAGCAAAACAAAUUUAUCAAUAUUUGACUUUCAAAUCAGUUAGUCAUAACUGACGCUGCUUUGCUAAGCUUGUGUAAUGAGCCUAAAAAUGGUAUUACAGACUGUCUUCUUAGAGGAGAGCUUUGCUCCUCUAGUGUGCCAAUGGAAGUGUGGGCACUACCAUCAUAAAACCAUUGGCUACAGGACUAAAUUAACUAUAAAAAAUGAAAAUGUAUAGGACAGCAAAGCUAUUACAGGUUGAUUCACUGUGGACUGUUUUGUUGGCCUUUAGAAAUAUAACCUCCAUCAGCCUAUUUGUUAGCUAGAUGUACAUGUUAAGCAUUUUUAAUGAAUUUCAACUAUUACUACUUGUGCAGCCUAGGCUGCCUUGAGGUACGGUUUUACUGAGUGCUUCUUAGUUUAAUUUGCAAUUAAGGGCAAGUGGCAGAAGUGUAAAUGGGAGGGGGUACUGGUCAGUGCUCCAGUGGGAUAAGGGUUAAUGGUUUCAUAUGUUAACUGCUCUGAGCAAUGUGGUUACAUGGUUUUCAUAAUGUGCCAUUUCUAGGCUAUGAAUCAUGGGAAGAGUCCUUACGUGUAUUUACUCCAGUUGUUGGUAAAUUUAUAAUAAUCCUGAUAAUGAAGCUUUGGUUAAAAUGUCGUAUGUAUGUUUUUAUUUAUUUGUUUAUUUGCAUUCUGAAUGUUAAGCAAAGAAAAAAAGCCUAGUGAAAUUGAUUUCUGUCACGUCUCAGAAUGGUUGUGGUUAUGGAUGUCACAUUAAAAACAAACACACAUCCACGAAACCAAUUAAUUCUACAGCUGUACAUUAACUGGUUGCCUCAAGUGAGUUUAACUGUUUAAAAAUAUUAAAACCUGGCAGACCAAAGAUGAAGUAAUUGACUUCACUGCAAUCGUAUUUAUUCAGUCAUGUACGAGCUUGACAGUAGCCCAUGAGCUGGCCCUCUGUUUACAUUCUGAUCCACCCUGUUAGCAUAGCCAGAAGCCAACAAAACUGGUUAAAACCAUGUGCUACUGUCAGACAGUACAGGGCAGAAAACCUUCAUCCUGGAGUGCCAUCAUGUGUGUGUUUGUUCUAUAAAAACAGUGAUUAUGUAAUGUCUAAUGCCAUAACAAUAUAUUUCAAACAAUACAUCUCUGGAAACCUAC